AUGCAUUCUCAUACUCAUUCAUUCAUAUCUGUUGUUUUAUCUUAAUCCCAAUUUAUUUUCAAUAUUAAUCACAUUUAAUAAUUUCUUUAGUACAUAAAUUAAUUAAUGACAUUUCUUUGGGCUGACAUACCAUUUGAAUGGACCUGCCUUUCAUUAAGAUAUCAUAAUGACAUGAUGUGGUAUAUAUGGAGUCUUAUCUAAAUGAUACCGGUCUUUGCGGCAGGGUUCUAUUAAUUGUACAAGCAUCAAACAACCCCUGAUUAUUAUCAUAAAAUCAAGAAAGGCUCAUGGGAUCAAUUUAUUGUCAUGUUUUUUGCUGCUCCAGUCCCCUUCUAUUAUUUAAUUGAUCUCACAAUUUCUAUUGUGGAGGGAAGCUUUUUUGAACCAUGCAGAUUCUGGCUCUGGUUUCAUCACAUGAUUUCCAUGAUUGUCAUUCCCCCCUUGAUUCUGAGAAACGAGUAUGAAUGGUAAGACACACUGAUCAUGGCCACACAUACCUUACUGAUGAAGUAUCCCUUCAUCUUUUUAUUUAAUAUAUUAUAUGUCGGGCUGGUGUUUUAUUACAAUAUUUUGCUCUACUUCAGUCCAUUGAAUGAAAAAUGGGUCAAUAGGUUCUUGGGUAAAUUCUUCCCCUUCAUCUAUUACAGCUUUAUUGUCCUAUUGGUUCAUGAUUGCAAUAAUGCCUUGCCAUUCCUGUAUUGAUCAUUCAUUAAAAAACAUAUAUCUUUACAAUUAUAUAAUGAAUAAUUGAAAUUU